AUGGUUAAUAAUUCUCAACAUUCUUACAUCAAAGAUGGAUGGUUUAGAGAGAUUAGUGAUAAGAGUUUUCCAGGCCAGGCCUUUACUAUGGCCGUGGAUUCAAUACUCUAUGAAGCCCAGAGUGAAUUCCAAGACAUCUUAAUCUUUCAUAAUAAGGUUUACGGUACGGUAUUAGUCCUUGAUGGUAUAGUGCAAUGCACAGAAUUCGAUGAGUUUGCUUACCAGGAGAUGAUCACGCAUAUUGCCAUGUUUGCCCAUUCGAAUCCCAAGCGUGUACUUAUCAUUGGUGGUGGGGACGGAGGUGUGUUGAGGGAAGUAGCCAAGCAUAGUUGUGUAAAUGAUAUUACUAUGGUAGAAAUUGACUCUUCAGUGAUCGAAUUGUCUCGGAAAUUCUUACCUACGUUGAGUAAUGGUGCUUUUGACGAUGAAAGGUUGGAUUUAAAACUUUGUGAUGGCUUCAAGUUCUUACAAGAUGUAGGCACUUCUGGCUUCCAGAAGAAAUUCGACGUCAUUAUUACUGAUAGCUCUGACCCUGAAGGUCCAGCUGAAGCAUUUUUUCAAGAAAGGUACUUCCAAUUAUUGAAAAACGCUCUGAAUCCUAACGGUGUUGUUAUUAUGCAAAGCUCUGAAAAUUUUUGGUUAAAUCUGAACUACUUACGUGAUUUGAAAAAUACAGCUCAAAAGGUCUUUUCUAAUACAGAAUAUUGCUAUACCAUGGUUCCUACCUAUACAUCUGGCCAGCUGGGUUUGAUUGUUUGCAGUAAUAACGUCAGUAUACCGUUGAACAUUCCACAAAGGACGAUAUCUGAGCACGAACAGGGACAGUUGAAAUACUACAAUCCUCAGAUACAUUCAAGUGCAUUUAUUUUGCCUACUUGGGCUGAGAAGGCUAUCAACAAAUGA